AUUAAAUCUCAACGAUAAGAAAUAUAGAUAAAAUAUCACAAAUUACAACCACACUCUCAACCAAAAAAUUUAAUAUUCGGUUGAUAUCAAGAAAUUAUGAAAACAUAAGUUCAACAUGGAUGAAAUAAACAAACCUGUAACAGAUGAUACAGAUCCUGAUCCUGAAAUAUUUGGUGAAACACCUGCUGACAAACCGUUGAAAAAAAAGGGGGAUGCAAAAUGUCUGAAAAUAUUCGGAGUGUUUCUUCAUGUGGUAUUCUUAGUCGUUUCUAGCUAUGCAAUUUACACCAUAUCGACGGAAAAUUCGAAUGAAAAACCGACAGACGUAUCCAGAUUACAUCGCCAAACUACAGAAAAGCGUCUCCUAAAAUCGAUUAAUUUCUCUGUAAACCCUUGCACAAAUUUUUACGAAUUUGUAUGCGGAAAUUGGAUACAACAUGAUACCAUUCCUAAUCAUUUGUUUCGCACAAGCACGAGCACAGAGUUGGAAAAUUUGAUACUACGAAAGAUUGAAAGUUACUUGAAUAAAGAAAAUUCUGAGGACGAACCUAAAGCAGUUCACGAAGCUAGGAAAAUGUACAAGUCGUGCGUUUACUCGGAAACGAGAAACCAGGAUGCUGAACACGAAAAAAUAUCUUCCUUACUCCGUCGACUGUAUCUGCCACUGGUGCCAAAUUUUUCAAAAAAAUUCAAACUGUUUUCAUGGAUGUUACCUGCGAUAAUGAACAAGAAAUUACUAAAUCAUAAUUUUUUCUUUCAAUUCGCCAUUCAACCUGAUCCUUAUAUCUUGAACAAGAAUAGAAUUUACAUUACAAAUCCAUCAAAUAGAUUUUACUCCAAAUUUGACAAAUAUCACGAUUUAAAUGUAAGAUCGAAAUCCGGAUUCUUCAAAUUUAUCAGAAGUAUUGCCCUUGCCAUGUAUCACAAAAAUAAUAAACGAUGGACUCCUCUGAUCCGGUUAACAUUUCGUCAUCGGUUUUCUAAGCUUUUUAAAUUCGCCAGACGAUUAGAAGAGCUGGAUUCGUGGAAUGAAGGUUCAUACUUAGCAGACUAUGUUUCCAUUCAGGAUCUCCAAAAAAUAACUGAUUUUAUUUUCAAAAAGAGAAACCCUAAUUCCAAAAUAAACUGGGAAGUGUAUUUAGAAAAAAUGUUCGAAGGUUCUUCAGUUUCUUUAAAUCUGAAUCGUACAGAUAGACUGAUUUUAAUACCAAAUAAGCAAUACAUCUCCGAAGUAUUACAACUGUUGGCCAAAACACCUCCUCAUAUUCUUGAAUUUUACAUGUGGAGUAGAACGAUGUUCGUGAUAUUACCAUACUCGAAAAGCAUGCUCCUUGGUAAAUAUAACGAAUAUUUGUAUAAAUUCUUCGGAAAAGAAAGGCCACCCAGGGAUCUCUAUUGUACUGAUUUAGUCCAGCGAGCAUUUUACUACGCCACGCCUUACUUCAUUGUGAACGAUACAGAUAUGCCAAGGAAAAUUAAUGAGAUUUCAGAAACGUUUAAAAACGUACGAGACGCAUUUUCCGAUGAAAUAAUGAAUGCUACUUGGUUGGACGAAAUAACCAGAAAAAAGGCUUUAAAGAAGCUCGAGUCAAUGAAAAUAAACAUAGGAUAUCCAGAUUGGAUGAAAAAUCCAAAAAAUAUAGAUAAAUAUUACAAUCUCACCAUGGAUGAAGACGACCUCUUACAAAACGUACUCAGUAUUAAAGCACGAAAAUUUCAAAAAAUGCUUGCUCUUUAUAAAAUAGAAAAUGAUCACGAAAAAGAAAAUCCAUGGAUUGGUCAAGUGCUCCAAGUAAACGCAUUUUACUCUUCGUUUUACAAUAGCAUAACCAUUCCAGCGGGUUUGCUGUCGUAUCCUUUUUACGAUUUAGGAAUUCAAGCAAUGAAUUAUGGCGCCAUCGGAAUGAUAAUAGGACACGAAUUAAUUCACGGUUUUGAUAAAUCUGGCAAGGAAUUCGACGCUGAUGGUCACUUGAAUUCUUGGUGGUCAAAUCAAACAAAAAUCGAAUACGAAAAACGAGCCAACAGAUUCAUAAGCAAUUACGACCAAUUCGUGAUAAAUUACGUAAAAGCAAAUAAAGCCGACGACAUUCAACUAUACUUGAAUGGUUUGUUAACUUUGAAUGAGAAUAUAGCCGAUCAUGGUGGCCUUCGAAUAGCCUAUAAGGCUUAUAAAAAUUUUACAAAAAUUCACGGUCCAGAAGAACUUUUCACCAAAUUGAACUUCACAGCGGAGCAGUUAUUCUUUUUAGCUUUUACUCACAGUCGAUGCGAACAUAUCAGCGAACAAAUGCGUCAAUUAAGACUGACAGACGAGCACGGUUUGAAUGUGCUGCGUGUUUUGACCACAUUGAGUACUUCUAGCGAAUUUUCGGAUGCUUGGAAAUGCGACCCGGGAUCCCCUAUGAAUCCAAGUGCAGAUAAAUGUAAAUUAUGGUGAUGAUCAGAUGAUGAUUAAAAAGAAGAUAGGUUUCAGUGAAAUAAAUGUUGAAAUUGUAUCAAUAAAUUUUUUUAUAAAAAUGAA